GGCAGGGGGAUUGGUGUACUAUACAAACAAAUUCGAACAAAAGGUUUGCUUUGUCUGUCGAGCAUCAUUUCAAGGUAACUUGACGUUUUUAAAAGUUCAAAAACCCCGUGUUUCAAUUAGUAGGUUUCAUAAGUUGCAAUAAAAAUGGAAACAAAUCCAAGCACAGACGAGGUAGAAAAUGGCAGUGACAAUAACCAUAGUCACGUUGAAGAAGUAUUUCACGACGCUGGCGAUGGAAAUUGUUUGGGAAACGGAAGAAAAGAUUCCGAUGAAAGUGAUGCUUUGGGAAGAUUAGGUGCUAGAUCAUCAGAGCCCACUGCUCGUAUGCCAGUUCCAAAAUAUGCGACCCAUUACAAAAUGGACCAUAGAAAGAGGGGUAUCGCUUAUAUUUUUAACCAUGAAGUUUUCCUUUGUGGAGGGCUUAAAUCUAGAUCCGGUACAAACGAAGAUUGCAAAAAUCUUAAGGAUUGCCUUGUCAACUUGGGGUUCGACGUACAAGUCUUCAAAGAUUUAAACUAUACUGAUAUCGAGUAUCAUGUAAGAAAUGCUGCCCAGAUGGAUCACAGUCAUCACGAUUGCAUUUUAAUAGCAGUGCUCUCCCAUGGAGAAAUGGGAAUCAUCUACGCUAAGGAUACCCCCUACAAACCUGAUUAUUUAUGGACCGCUUUCACGGCAGAUAAAUGUCCAACGCUUGCAGGAAAACCGAAAAUGUUCUUUCUUCAAGCAUGCCAGGGCGACAAACUGGAUGGUGGCAUAAAUUUGAGAACGACGGAGACCGAUGGAGAGAUCCAUAACACCUACAGGAUUCCAGUGCAGGCCGAUUUUUUAAUAGUUUAUUCUACGGUUCGAGGUUAUUACUCAUGGCGUAAUACUACCAAAGGUUCCUGGUUCAUCCAGUCCUUGGUCGACGAGCUCAAGAGGAGGGCCCACGAUCACGAUCUCAUGACGAUCCUAACCUUCGUGUCACAACGCGUCGCUAUCGAUUUCGAGAGCAACGUGCCCGAUUCCGUUACCAUGCACCGCCAGAAGCAGAUCCCUUGCGUCAUGAGCAUGCUCACCAGGCUUAUACAGUUUAAGCCGAGAGCGUUCAAUAAUUAUUCGUACCAGGAUUGAUUUCGUGCAUUUAAUUUAGGUUAUUUCUGUUCUAAUGUUAGGUUUAUUAAUUUGUUGUAAUUCCGUUUCAAGGUCAGAAGCUGUAAUUUUCGUUUUUGGUGAUCUGGUGAUUGGAAAGUCAGUUAAAAAAAAAUUGUUAUUGUCUACGGUGCUUUAUAUUCGAUUGAGGGGUGAUUACUUACUCAAAAAAAUCCUCACCUAGUCCCUUUUGCUUGUUUUUUCUCGUAUGCCUUCCUAUAUCCUUUUAUUCCUCUGUAUUCUCGUACAUAGUUGUAUAUUCCUUGUCCUACAUGCUCCUUUUGAAGUUUGCUCCUAUUUCCCCAGUAGUUCACCUCUCGUAUUUGAUAAAAGUUGUCAACAUUUUCUUAUUAAUGAUUUAUUCCUAGAAUUUUUCAUUGACCGAUGUAGUUAAUAAGGGGACCACCAAACCUGUCCCUUACAGAUUUUGUCCGACGGCCUCUAGUUUUCGAGAAAAUCAAAGAUAUACCCGUGACAGUAGUUAUAUUUUAACUAAGCGAGAGUAGCGCAGCGAUAAAGGUUCACGGUUACCACAUUUACCGUACAGGGUAUCAACAAAAAGUUUAGGAGAUCGAUAAAUAGUACAGGUUGUGCAAGAUUAUUGAAAAAAUAGUCAUUUAUGCAUUAAUUUUAUAUAUAAAAGUGACGAUUUUGCGCAAACUAUACUAUUUAUUGACAGUCUGAAAAAAAAAAUAUCCUUGCUGCUGAGCUACUCUGGCUUGCUUCAAACAACUAACGUCACGGAUAUACAAGGUAUGCAAGAAACUAUAUCAUCAAUUUUCUGGAAAACUAGGGACCGUCGCAUAAAUAGCCAGGCUAUCAUUUUUUUUCAGUGUGUAAUUUAUGUAAAAUUAUAAUUACAAAUAACAAAAAACCAUAAAAAAGCACACACAAAAAUUGAAUGAUAAAUAGAUUUUUUUAAAGCUGCACAUUUACGAAAAAUACAUUAGCUAGUAUUUUAUUUGUCUAUUCGAUUUGUUUGUGAUUUCACAGGUUGUUUAUCCCGUUAAGGGUAUUAACGUUGUAUAGUCAGAUUAAAAAAAAACUCACUGACCAGUUUUUGUUAAAUUUGACCUUAAAAAAUUAAAAAGUAGAUUUGAUAACUGAAAAUGAAUUCAUAUCAUUUACGUUGUAACAGGAUUUUUAAAAGCUUAAAAAAAACACCGAAUUAAAUCGGUCAAUAAACAAUAUUUUUGAAAGGGUGUGUUGCAAAUGUAGCUAUUGAAUUUCGAUCAUUUUCAAUGAUAUCUAGAUAGACCAAAACAGAACAAUUUAUCUUCUGAUCUACGUCACUAUUCCUUCGUAAAUAUUUAGGUAUACUUUUUUGUUUAUUUCUUAAGAUUUUUCAAGAAAACAGUGGCUGAAUUUUGUUUACCUAUUAUUUAUAGGUAUUCUGAUUUUUUUAUGUUCUCUAUUUCAUAGUUUAUCCAUGACUUAAGUAAU